CGCUCGGCCCCAGUUCGCGAGACUGUAGUAGUGUAUGUAUGUGUGUGUGUGUGUGUGUCUGUGUCUGUGUAUGUGUUUCGGGCUCGGGAGAAGUCAGCGGCGAGGCUUUAGUCGGCUUACUACCCAGGUAGCUCCUCGCUGAGUGAGCAAAACCAACGUUCGAGCUAACCGAGGGGAGAGUCGAGGACUCGCCCGGUACCCGGGAGGGGCGAGGAGAGGAAACGAGCCGGGCGACAGGGAGAGCGCACCGACUGCCCCAGUCGUGGCUGGGCUUCACUUCAAUAGGUUGUAGUUUUGUUUAAACUGAGCUAGGGUGUUCCGAAGGAAAUUACAAAGAAAAAGGAUUUCGAGAGCAAUAAAAUCGGCGAGUAUCGACAACCUCGGCCAAAGAAAGUAGAGGGAGUGGAGUACCAGCGCCUCAAGGAAUAUUAAAUAGCACCGAAAUCCAAAGGAAGAAGAAGAAGCGCCGUGGAGGUGAAUCCGGCACCUCGUGAACGGGAAGCCCGCCCGCCCGCGGUGUGUCGCCGCUCGGAUGCUGCCUGUUAAAGGUCAGCGAAAGGUUAGUUUACAAGAGGAACACUGGUCUGCCCCACAAGGAAAAGUUGAGACCUGACUAUUCAAUGCCAAGCCAUUUGCCUCAUCAGACAGUCUAGCAAAGGUCCAGGAAGUAGCAAGCUGGCUUUUGGAAAUGAACCAGGAACUGCUGUCUGGGGGCAGCAAGAGGCGCCGGCCGGGUGGCUCUGUGCAACGUAAUGCUUCCUCUAGUCGAGCACCUCAUGAAGGUGAGGAAGAGGGUGAGGAAGAAGUGGUGGACAGAGUGGUGGAGGAGGAGACGCAUCAGGAAGGAAGGAGUGAGUCUUCAAGGCCUGAAAUUAGUAGCAGCAGUGGCAACAGUGAACUACCUGGAGGACCUAAUGUGAAUGGACUGGGCGAGAGUUUGUUGCAUGAAGCAGCAUCAUUAGGACAUGAGGAGGAGGAAGAAGAGGAUGAGGACGAGGAAGAGGAAGGACCUCACCUAGAAGAAAACAAUAAUGUCAGUCAUCACUCCGAGGAGGAGGAGGAAGAGAUAUUGGUUGGUCCAGGGGAACAGGAGAGAAUCUUCACUAUCAGAAGAGGAGAUGAGGUUGAAAUUGCAGAGGAGGAGGAAGAAGAGGAGGAGGAAGAGGAGGAAAUGGACCAAGACAGUGAUGAUUUUGACAGUAGUAGGGAAGAGGAUCAGCCAAUACAUAUUAACAAUGUUUCGGACCCAAAUGAUAACCUGGACCUGUCAAUGGAGCAGCAGCAACAGCAGCAGUCGCCUCUUUUCAAAACUGCACAGAUGAAGAGAAAGUUGGACCAUGGCCCCGAGGUCCGGUCUUUCUCUUCAGGAAAGAAGCCCUGUAAAGGUUCAGAGUAUACAAGCACUACAGGGCUCGUUCCACAUUCAGCCACCCCUACCACCUUUGGUGACUGGAGGGCAGCCAAUGGACAGGGGCAGCAGAGGCGCAGAAUCACAUCGAUCCAGCCACCUGCAGGACUUCAGGAAUGGCUUCGAACGUUUCAGAGCUGGAGUGGACCAGAGAAGCUGCUUGCUCUAGAUGAGCUUAUCGACAGUUGUGAGCCGACACAGGUGAAGCACAUGAUGCAAGUGAUCGAGCCACAGUUCCAACGAGACUUCAUUUCUCUUCUACCUAAAGAGCUGGCAUUGUAUGUCCUUUCAUUCCUCGAGCCCAAGGACCUGCUGCAAGCAGCGCAAACCUGCCGCUACUGGCGAAUCCUCGCAGAAGACAACCUGCUAUGGAGAGAGAAAUGUAGGGAAGAAGGUAUAGAUGAACCCCUUUAUAUUAAAAGGAGAAAAGUGAUCAAGCCUGGCUUCACACACAGUCCCUGGAAAAGUGCUUACAUUAGACAGCAUAGGAUAGACACAAACUGGCGACGAGGAGAACUGAAAUCACCAAAGGUGCUUAAAGGUCAUGAUGAUCAUGUGAUCACGUGUCUACAGUUUUGUGGUAACAGAAUAGUCAGUGGCUCUGAUGACAAUACACUUAAGGUUUGGUCUGCAGUAACAGGAAAGUGUUUAAGAACACUAGUUGGUCAUACUGGUGGUGUCUGGUCAUCUCAGAUGAGGGACAAUAUUAUCAUCAGCGGCUCAACAGACCGGACACUAAAAGUAUGGAAUGCUGAAACUGGGGAAUGUAUUCACACGCUAUAUGGGCAUACCUCUACUGUCCGUUGUAUGCAUCUUCAUGAAAAAAGAGUGGUGAGUGGGUCCCGGGAUGCUACGCUCAGAGUCUGGGAUAUUGACUCAGGCCAGUGUUUACAUGUUCUAAUGGGUCACGUUGCAGCAGUACGAUGUGUGCAGUAUGAUGGCAGGAGAGUGGUGAGCGGCGCAUAUGACUUCAUGGUCAAAGUAUGGGAUCCUGAGACAGAAACCUGUCUACAUACACUUCAGGGACACACCAACAGGGUCUAUUCGUUGCAGUUUGACGGCAUCCAUGUUGUAAGCGGCUCACUAGACACUUCUAUCAGAGUGUGGGAUGUGGAGACAGGAAACUGCAUUCACACGUUAACAGGGCAUCAGUCACUGACUAGUGGGAUGGAACUCAAAGACAACAUUUUGGUCUCUGGGAAUGCAGACUCUACUGUUAAAAUCUGGGAUAUCAAAACGGGACAGUGUUUGCAGACAUUGCAAGGCCCCCACAAACAUCAAAGUGCUGUGACCUGCCUUCAGUUUAACAAGAACUUUGUAAUUACCAGCUCAGAUGAUGGGACUGUGAAACUGUGGGACCUAAAAACGGGAGAGUUUAUCCGGAACUUGGUAACAUUGGAGAGUGGUGGCAGUGGUGGAGUAGUAUGGCGCAUCCGGGCAUCUAACACCAAAUUAGUGUGUGCAGUGGGCAGUCGCAAUGGCACAGAAGAGACCAAGCUGCUUGUGCUAGACUUUGAUGUGGAUAUGAAAUGAAGGACGAAAGAGAGUGAGAGUUACAGAGACGCACAGAUUUUGAAAUGUCUACGCAUUACACUUUACACAUAUGCCCUAUCCAUCACCCCUGCCAAUACACACCCACUUCCAACUCUUCCCAUCCUACCCAGUUUUUGGGUUCUUGGUAAAAGAGGAGGGUGCUGGCCUGUGGAAAACAGAAUGCAGUGGUGAAGAGUCGUAGUCUGCUGUGGAAGACAACAGAAGAGGGAGUUCGUAUUUAUAACUGACAUGCACACUCUGUAUCUGGCAUCAUCACAAGAGAUUUCCUCUUCAGUUUAAGGGCACCUCAGCACAGAGAGACUUGUUCACUCAAGCCUGAUGCAACCGUUAUGUGUAUUUUUAUUUCCCAUAUAAACAGGAACCCAUUUUAUGGAUUCUUUGCUGCAUCAAGAUGUUAAAUAAAUCAACAAACAUUCAUGUAAAAUGUUUAUAGUGUAAAAUAAAAAGAGAGCUUAUCUACAAGAAAACAGAAGGACUGGUCCGCAGUCAAACCAGGAGGCAUUUGCCUCAGUUAUAUAUAUAUAUAUAUAUAUAUAUAUAUAUAUAUAUAUAUAUAUAUAUAUAUAUAUAUAUAUAUAUAUAUAAAUAUUUUUUUUCCUUAUGUUUCCUGGUUUUUAAAAAAGAGAAAAUGUACUGUGAAUUUUUUGUUAUUUUGUACAUUUGAUCAAUACAAUGAAAUCUUUGCCUAAUGUUGCCAACAACAAUCAGUCACAGUAUUAACCUGUUUCUCUUUAUACUCUGUUUCUCUCUUCUUGUGUGUGUUUUGGUUUUCUUUGUUGCUUUUCUUUCUAAUUCUGGGUUUAUUGCGCAAAUGUUUUUUUUUUUCCCCCUCACCUUUUUUUUUUUUUUUUUCUUUCUUUUCUUUUCCUUGUUCUUGUCAGUGUCUGGCUGGGUUAGUUCCUCAAUGCUGGUGCUAUGUAGGGGAGGGUGUGUCUCAAAGUUAACAGGAAUGGCAUCCCAUCCCUGAACUGUAUUCCCAGUGGCCAAACCUUAUUUAUGCUGCUAAAAAAGAUGUGUGUUUUUAAAAAAAAAAAAAAAAAGGUUGAGACUCCUGUUGCUGUGACGUUUUAGUCUCAGACUGAAUUCCAAAUUUACUCGUUUGGACUUUGCAAAAGAGAAACAAGAUAAAUAAAAUUUUGCCACUGAAACUUGAGCCAAAUGUGCCUCUGAGAGGCUUGAAAGUAAGAAUGUUUUGGGCAGACAGACAAAUGAAUUUGCAAGUAACAAAUAAAUUAAAAAAAAAAAAAAUCAAAUCUGUGUGUGCUUCGGAUUCAGAAAAAACAUGUGAACACAUUCCUUAGGACGAAGGUCUUUCAGCCUGUUCUCUGGGGAAAUUUUAUUGCUUUGUGGGUUGUGGUGGAUUUGCAAGGAAUGAAAAGGUGUUUUAUGUGUAUAUAAUAUGUAUACUGUAUGUAUAUGUAAAUAUAUACAAAUACAUGCACUUGUAGAUGCAUUCAUAGGUGUGUCUAUGUGUGUGUGUGUAUAAGUACAGUAUAUAUAGUGUGUGUAUGAAUGUACAGAGAGAGUAAAUAAAUAUAUAUGUAUAUGUACACACACAAAAAAGCAAAUACUGACAGAAUAUUUUUUAAUAAAUAAUGGAUUUAAGCCUUGCGGGUCAGUCUUAGUAUUAAAAGUAUUACAGAUGUUACAUAUGAUUUCUGCAAGCUACUGAAUGGACAGUGCAGUUAAAGUUGUUGUGUAAAUGCAAAGCACCAUGGGUAAAAAAAAAACAGGAAAAGAGUAGCCAAAUGAUUUGCCUCAUUCUCCGAGAGCCACAUAACUCAAGCUGAACUGUGAAAGUGGUUUAACACUGUAUAUUAAAAAAGCUGUUUUUUUCCUCUCCUCUCCUUAUUUCUGUUAAUUUAUAAUCUGGUUUAAGAAAUCAGAUUUCAAGGUGUUUUAAUUUCAUUUAAUGUAACUGCCUGACAUAACAGACAGAGAAACCUUAAAGGGAUUGUGUCUAUCAUUUGAUUCAUUUAGAAUUUUUAUUUUCUUAUAACUUAAGUGCAAUAAAAUGUGGGUUCUUCUUUCGUUUCAAGCA